AUGGAUCCCCUAAACCUCUCCUGGUACAACACCGGGGACAGGAAUUGGAGCAAGCCGCUCAACGAGUCCAGCGCAGACCAGAAGCCUCAGUAUAACUACUAUGCCGUGCUGCUCACCCUCCUCAUCUUCGUCAUUGUGUUUGGCAACGUGCUGGUCUGCAUGGCUGUGUCCAGGGAGAAAGCCCUGCAGACCACCACCAAUUACCUGAUCGUCAGCCUGGCGGUGGCGGAUCUCCUGGUGGCCACUCUGGUCAUGCCCUGGGUGGUCUAUCUGGAGGUGGUUGGGGAGUGGAGGUUCAGUCGGAUCCACUGUGAUAUCUUUGUCACACUCGAUGUCAUGAUGUGCACCGCCAGCAUCCUCAACCUCUGUGCCAUCAGCAUUGACAGGUACACGGCCGUAGCGAUGCCAAUGCUGUACAACACCCGCUACAGCUCCAAGCGCCGGGUCACCGUCAUGAUCGCCGUGGUCUGGGUGCUCUCAUUUGCCAUCUCCAGCCCAAUCCUGUUUGGCCUCAACAAGGCAGAUGAGAAGGAGUGCAUCAUCGCCAAUCCUGCCUUCGUCGUGUAUUCCUCCGUUGUCUCCUUCUACGUCCCCUUCAUCGUCACCCUGCUGGUGUACGUGCAGAUCUACAUGGUGCUCCGCAGGCGCAGGAAGCGCGUCACCACCAAGCGCAGCAGCCACGGCCUGGACUCGGACACGCAUGCGCCGCUGAAGGACAAAUGCACUCAUCCAGAAGACGUGAAGCUCUGCACAGUUAUUGUGAAGUCCAAUGGGAGUUUCCAAGUUAAUAAGCGCAAAGUGGUUCUCAUCCAGGAGGCAGAAAGUCACAUAGAGAUGGAAAUGGAGAUGGUGUCCAGUACCAGUCCCCCUGAGAGAACCAUUGCCAAGCCAGCAGCACCAAGCAACCACCAGUUGGUUGUGCCCAUCGCCUCAAGCCGGUGCACCUUGGACAGCCCUGGGAAAGUAGAGAAGAACGGACAUGCCAAAGAAAAUCUACACACAGCCAAGGUCUUUGAGAUCCAGUCCAUGCCUAAUGGCAAGACGAGGAGCACUCUUCUCAAGGCUAUGAACAGGAGGAAACUCUCACAGCAGAAGGAGAAGAAAGCCACCCAGAUGCUAGCCAUUGUACUUGGUGUUUUCAUCAUCUGCUGGCUCCCAUUCUUCAUCACUCACAUCUUGAACAUGCACUGCGAUUGCAACAUCCCCCCAGCAAUGUACAGCGCCUUUACGUGGCUUGGAUAUGUCAACAGUGCUGUCAAUCCAAUUAUUUACACCACCUUCAAUAUUGAAUUUCGCAAGGCUUUCAUGAAGAUCCUCCACUGUUAA